AUGCUCCAAGGCACUUGCUUGCUCUUUCCCGGCAGCCCCGGUUGGAGCGAGAUCCCUUUCGGCGGCACGCAGAUCUUUUCCACCGAGCUCCUCGUGGAGGAGGGCACCGUCUUGGAGGUGGCGGUGCAGGAGGCACAGCGAGGUGCCCACACAGUGGCCGUGAACGCAGCGUCUGCGUAUCACGCAGGUGGCGGCUUCUUGACGGGCGGCCGUCAUGCCCUGGAGGAGGCGAUGUGCGUGCAAAGUUCCCUCUAUGAGUCCCUGGAGAAGGGCAUCGCUUUGGCGGAAGCUGCCCAGGUCAAGGCGCCCAGUUGGGUGCGCCCGGCCAAACGUCGAGAUGGCCAAGAGUGGGUGGCCCAUUUGCCUGACGACGGAGUGUUGCUCUCGCCGAAGGUGGAGGUCUUUCGUCAGGGCACCAACGAGGGCUACACCUUCCGGGACCAAGUCACGCUGCUCAGCGCCGUGGUCUCGGUGGCCAUGCCCAACCGCAAUGAGAAGAUGAACGACUCGCCGGUGGACGCCCACCCCGAACCCGAAGGUUACAGGCAACAGCUGGACCGGAAGUGGCUGGCCGUGCUGAAGGCCGCCGCCUGCAACCCUGAGGUGACCUCCCUGGUGGUCCCAGAUGCUGGCUGUGGCGUCUUCUACAACAGCCCCGACGAGGUAGGUGCCAGCUUCGGCCGGGCCCUGCGGGACUUUCGUGGCCGCUUCCGGCGGGUGAUCAUCGCCUUCCCGGGGGGUAAGGCCGGCUCCCGUAGCGUCGAAGGGUGUGAAGAACGCGUUUCUGUUUUUUUCUAG